AUUCCUCUCCUUAUUUGGGCCUCUGGGUGUGAUAAGGCUGAGACAUAAAGAGCCUGUGACAAGAUCACACAGGCAGACCACUGCAGAUCAUGGCCAGCAGGAAGGCUGGGACCCGGGGCAAGGCUGCAGCCACUAAGCAGGCCCAACGUGGCUCUUCCAAUGUCUUCUCAAUGUUCGAACAAGCCCAGAUUCAGGAAUUCAAGGAAGCUUUCCUCACAGGCCUUCAGCUGCAUUGACCAGAAUCGAGAUGGUAUCAUCUGCAAGUCAGACCUGAAGGAGACUUAUUCCCAGCUCGGGCGGGUAAGCGUCCCAGAGGAGGAGCUGGAUGCCAUGCUGCAGGAAGGGAAGGGCCCCAUCAACUUCACGGUCUUCCUCACACUCUUUGGGGAGAAACUCAAUGGGACGGACCCUGAGGAAGCCAUCCUGAGUGCUUUCCGAAUGUUUGACCCCAGCGGCCAGGGGGUGGUGAACAAGGACGAGUUCAAGCAGCUUCUCCUGACCCAGGCAGACAAGUUCUCUCCUGCUGAGGUGGAGCAGCUCUUUGCCCUGACACCCAUGGACCUGGCAGGCAACAUCGACUACAAGUCCCUCUGCUACAUCAUCACCCACGGCGAUGAGAAAGAGGAGUAGAGGCAUGCUGGGGUCACCUCAAUAAACUCUGUGGCUGAACUAGAA